AUGCUUUCUGCUGAGGCUUUUGGCCCUCGCCGCCCAUCACGGCGUCGAUAUUGCGAUAUCUGCGGCAUCGAACAGGACCGUUCAACGGACCAUUGCGAGGACUGCGGCGUGUGUAUUGCCGGAUACGAUCACCACUGUCCGUGGAUGGGCAAAUGUAUCGGUCGAGACAACAUGUACGCCUUUAAGAUGUUCAACGUGGCGUGGGUUGUGUACGUUUGCUUCGUGCUUUUCAUCUCCAUAUUAAGUGUCGACUGGGGGCAUGCUGCAGUACAAGCAUUCAAACGUACAGCGUCAGGAGCGUGGGUGCCAACACAGACACAAAGCCCAUAG